ACGGCCCACCCCCGCUGGCCGGCUCCUCUCGCCGCAUCCCUGCGCCCGGCCACUGCGUCACCGGCCCCCCACACGUAACCACCGCUGCCUCCGCCCGCCUUGGGCCCGGGCGGAGGACGUUUUGCCGCCCCGGCGACGUCAGCGCGUCCGGCGUUGCUUGGCUACCCCGCGGAUCCCCCGUCCCGCAGCCACUCGGCUCCCCGGGGGAAGCUGACACCGUCACCGCGGGUCUCGGCUGCGUCAGAGCGCCUGGCAUCCCACCUUCACGUCACGCCUCUUCCUUACCUGGACACGCAUCCCUCUCUUUCCCCCUCUCGCCAACCACCACGGCGACUGUCUCUUCUCUCCAGUCCCCCUGCGCCAGAUUUGGCAGGAGGAGAUGGAGAUGCGGGUGGGAAAAGAGAGGGUCGCCAGAUAGAAGUCGAACAGUGAUAGAAACAAAAAUGAGAACGUCCCAGAAGUCUACCCUUCACGAGGGACUGAGGGAGGAGGAAGGACCCACCCACAGGCACCCCAAGCCUCACGGCUGGCAGGCCUCGCCACUCCUCUCCUUCCCCCAAGCUCCAGCUCCUCUCCAUUUUUCACUAACCUUUUCCCCUUUACUUUCUCAAACCACUUCUCUGCCAGUCUAGAUCCAUUGUGGUCCACAAAUGUGCAUACAAUUCAACUCCUCCAGUUAAAUAAUGGCAGAGACAAGUCUGUUAGAGGCCGGGGCCUCUGCAGCCUCCACAGCUGCUGCUCUGGAGAACCUACAGGUGGAGGCGAGCUGCUCUGUGUGCCUGGAGUAUCUGAAGGAGCCUGUCAUCAUCGAGUGUGGGCAUAACUUCUGUAAAGCUUGUAUUACCCGCUGGUGGGAGGACCUAGAGAGGGACUUCCCUUGUCCUGUCUGUCGGAAGACAUCUCGCUACCGCAGUCUUCGGCCUAAUCGGCAGCUAGGCAGUAUGGUGGAAAUUGCCAAGCAGCUCCAAGCUGUUAAACGGAAGAUCCGAGAUGAGAUACUCUGCUCCCAGCAUCAUGAAGCCCUCAGCCUCUUCUGCUAUGAAGACCAGGAAGCUGUAUGCUUGAUAUGUGCCAUUUCCCACACCCACCGGGCCCACACCGUUGUUCCAUUGGAUGAUGCAACACAGGAGUACAAGGAAAAACUGCAGAAGUGCCUGGAGCCCCUGGAAUACAAGCUGCAGGAAAUCACCCGCUGCAAAUCCUCUGAGGAAAAGAAGCCAGGGGAGCUCAAGAGACUAGUGGAGAAUCGCCGACAGCAGAUCUUAAAGGAGUUUGAAGAGCUUCAUAGGCGGCUGGAUGAAGAGCAGCAGAUUCUGCUUUCACGACUGGAGGAGGAAGAACAGGACAUUCUACAGCAACUGCGUGAAAAUGCUGCCCAUCUGGGGGACAAGCGCCGGGACCUAGCCCACCUGGCUGCUGAGGUGGAGGACAAGUGCUUCCAGUCUGGCUUCGAGAUGCUGAAGGAUGUCAAAAGUACCCUGGAAAAAUGUGAGAAGGUAAAGACCAUGGCGGUGACUUCAGUAUCCAUAGAGCUGAAAAAGAACUUCAGCCAUUUUCCCCGACAGUACUUUGCCCUAAGGAAAAUCCUUAAACAGCUAAUUGCGGAUGUGACCUUGGACCCUGAGACAGCUCAUCCUAACCUCGUACUGUCAGAAGAUCGUAAGAGUGUCAAGUUUGUAGAGACAAGACUCCGAGAUCUCCCUGACACACCCCAGCGUUUCACCUACUACCCUUGCGUCUUAGCUACUGAAGGUUUCACCUCAGGUCGACAUUACUGGGAGGUGGAAGUAGGCGACAAGACCCACUGGGCAGUGGGUGUGUGCAGGGACUCCGUGAGUCGAAAGGGCGAACUGACUCCACUCCCUGAGACUGGCUACUGGCGGGUGCGCCUGUGGAAUGGGGACAAAUACGCAGCCACCACCACACCUUUUACCCCUUUGCACAUCAAAGUGAAGCCCAAGCGAGUGGGCAUAUUCCUAGACUAUGAGGCUGGCACGCUGUCUUUUUACAACGUCACAGACCGCUCUCAUAUCUACACCUUCACUGAUACUUUUACAGAGAAACUUUGGCCCCUCUUCUAUCCAGGCAUCCGGGCUGGUCGGAAGAAUGCUGCACCACUUACCAUCCGGCCACCAACAGAUUGGGAGUGACAGGUUGGCAAAUAGGUUUUAUUGGGAUGAGGCAGGGUCAAGAGCUAUGGGCCUUUAUUCCUGUGUUCCGCUGGAAUGUCUUGGUGUUUGCCGAGUUCCAGGUCUGAGUCAUCUUGGAAAAACACCCUGGCGGUCACUAUGUUUUGUGCAGAGGAAUAAGUAGGCCUGGGCUGCAUGACAACACAGCUGCGUCUCCUCCUCACUGUAGGAAGGGGGGCUGGUUGCCAGGGAACUGUAGCCCUGUCAUCCAUCAGGUUUUCUAUUGCACAAGGACAGGUCAGGAAGGAUGGAGAGGCUUUUGCAGAAACAAAGAAGUCUAGGAGAGGGUCCAACUUGCCCAAACAAAAUGAAACUGAAACCUUUGGUGGUUUGUUUGGUUUUGGUUGUUUUUUGUUUGUUUGUUUUUUGACCCAAAAAACGAUUCCAUUUUGUUCCUUAAGGAACAUUGAAAAAACAUGAAGGAUAGUUGCUGUCACAGGUCCAGGAGUUAUGCAAUUUUGCCUGAGGACAGAGACUGAGCACCAAGAAUGUUAGAAGGACGAUCAGGGAAGAGGGCUAAAGGAACAUAACCCUAGAAACUAAUAAAGAAGAUGGAGAUGUCUUUGAUCUUAUUCCCAGGGUAAGGUUGCCACUAUGAGUAGGACUGGCCAGAAGUAGUGAACAAGGAACAUAGGGAGAAGGAAAGAGUGGGAAGAACUCAAGUCCCUGUAGAGCUUGCUUCUUACCUGCUUCCUUACAGUUGGUUGUCUCCAAGAAGUUGCUUACGUGGCUCCUCUCCAGUGGUGAGGUAGAAGAGAUCAUGCUAGACACAUCUACUCUUCCACAGUUUUCCCAAGAGAAAUUGGUAGAGUCAGGUAUUAGAAGAAAGAGGUAUGUCUACUUAAAGCCCCUAAAGAAUGUCACUAAGUAACUACUCCCAAGUAGUCAGCCCUGUUACCUGGUUCAGGUGUCUUAAGAAGGAAGAAAGGAAAGAAGGAAGGGUGAUAGAGUCUGAAGCAGUCUUUCUCACCCUAAUGACAGGGUAGAAGUUGGUAUAUAUAAGGAAGGACCAGAUAGGCAACUUCCUUUUUCCUGUGAGCAUCUGACCCAGAACUGAGGGUUAACAACAGCCUUGUGCGUGUUUGUUGGCAUCCUUCACCUUUCGCCAUUCCCCUUUACAGAGAAUGUAUAUCAUUUUUUAUCUUAGGCCAAAAUAAACAACCUGUAGGGUACAUACACUGUCAAAAAAGGUAAAGUGAUGCAUGUCAAACCAAACUAAAACAACUGGGAUUAUCUGCUGCUCUGAAGACUGAGACAAGAAACUGCAGUUUAUUGAGGGCAUUGAGUUCCUCCUACCACCUCAACAGGACUUUGUCUACUCUCCUCCUCUUACCUUUGUGCCUUGACUGUGGUUCUUUGUGGCAAGAUACUUCGGUUGUUAAACAAUAUGAACAAAGGAUCCACUGAAGUGA